AUGACCAACGAUCGCAAUCGGCUCUGGAUUGACGGGUGCUUCGACUUCACCCACCAUGGCCACGCGGGCGCCAUCUUACAGGCCCGGAGUUUGAUCCCACCAGGAACCAGCAAGAGCGCACUGCUGUGCGGAGUGCACAACGACAACGACAUCGCGUUCCACAAGGGUGGGAAGCCAGUGAUGAAUCAGAGCGAGCGGUACGCACACACACGCAGCAACCGGUGGUGCAGCGAGGUGAUCGAGGACGCGCCAUACGUGACCCAACCGCAGGUUCUGGACGCACACAACUGCCAAUUCGUGGUGCACGGCGACGACAUCACCACUGAUGCGAACGGCGAGGACUGCUACCAGCAGAUGAAGGAUAUGGGCCGGUUUUUGGUGGUGAAGCGUACGGACGGCGUGAGCACUACCGACAUUAUCCACCGGAUCCUGACUGGGGCCAUGGCGACGAGGGACUCGACGCUGUGCGAAGCACACCGUGCGGUGCUGGCACGAUACGCGACGGGUGCAGACGGCCAUGGGCCGUGGUGCUACGUGUUCGAGGGUCGCCUAACAGAGGACGCGAUUGUGGUGCGCGGUGGGUACGACUGGGAUACUCACAACGUGGUGUACAUCGAGGGCGACUUCGAUCUGUUCCAUAUUGGCCACAUCGACCAGCUCGCGCAGCUGCGUGAGCGUUACGGUGCGCAGCGCAGGCUGGUAGUGGGCAUAUCGACCACGAAAGACUGUGUGAUGACGUCGCUGGAGCACGUUUUGAGUGUGCUAAGCUGCAAAUACGUGGACGCGGUGGUGGUGGAGCCGCACACGCGGCCCGAAACACAGGAUGCGUGGGUCCUGGACGACCCACGAUUGAAAACGGGCCAGUUUGCGUAUCUCGACAAAGCUGUGAUCCUGGACCGGAUCAUGGCGGACCGCGACCACUACGUGGCCCGCAACAUCAAGAAGGGCAUGUCGGGUUACUAG